UGCAAAAAAUGAAGUAAAGCCCUAACGUAAUUUAUACAUGACCGUCUUGUUCUCCAGCAGCUCAAUUCUGCGCCUGCAAUAGCGGAUGCUCUCACCCACAAGCGGUCGACGAAAUCCCCAACCAAACGUGAUGGAGUCGAGCAUCCUAGAAUCAAUCGGCGUCGAGAUCAUCGGUGUCAUGUCCCCCGUCUCAAUCUGCAUGUUCUUGGUGGUCCUCCUCGUCUACUCUCUCUCUCCUUCCAAUCCCUUCUCCUCUCCCUCUUCCUCUACUUCCAUCCGCACCGCCGCCAACCUUGUCUACCUCGAGAGCCCUUCUGACUCUGCCGGACAGAAGCUGGAAGGCGCUCUCUUAAACGCCUUGGUCUUCGUCAUCCUCAUCGCCAUCGUCACCUUCCUCCUCGUCGUCCUCUACUACUAUAACUUUACCAAUUUCUUAAAGAACUACAUGCGUUUCUCCGCCUUUUUCGUGCUCGCUACCAUGGGUGGCUCCAUCUUCCUCUCCAUAAUUCAGCAUUUCUCCAUACCCGUCGACUCUAUCACUUGUUUCUUGCUGCUUUUCAAUUUUACGGUCGUGGGUGUACUGUCCGUGUUCUCCGGUGGGGUACCUAUAUUCUUGAGGCAAGCGUAUAUGGUCUCGUUGGGAAUAAUUGUGGCAACAUGGUUCACGAAAUUGCCCGAAUGGACGACUUGGGUUUUGCUGGUGGCUUUGGCUCUAUAUGAUUUGGCGGCUGUCUUGGCCCCUGGAGGGCCGCUGAAACUGCUGGUGGAAUUGGCAUCGAGUAGGGAUGAGGAAUUACCGGCUCUGAUCUAUGAGGCUCGGCCGACCGUAUCACGGAAUACAGGAAAUAGGGGUUCUAGUUUAGGGCUUUUGGUUGGUGGGGUUUCGGAUUCUGGGUCGGUUGAGCUACAGGCGGUUGAGCGUGACAACGGAAAUAUAAAUGUGGUUGACAAUCGCAGUAAUUCUGAGUAUACCUCUGUUGAGGUUGGGAGUUUUCCAAAUGAGGAUGGUGACAGCGGCAGAGAUCAAGGGGAGAGUUCCCCGUUGGUAGGUCAUUCGCGGGAGAGGCAUUCGUCGAGCAGUGGAUCUGCAGAGUAUUCAACUGUGGUUGUUGCUUCUGAUCGAGCUUGGGAUCCAGAGUCCGAGAUUGUUGAUGAGGAGACGUCUCCACUGGUUGACACGAUGGGGGUGGGGAACAACAGAGAGUGGACUAGGAGGGAUAAUGCAGAGGUGACGAGUAGAGGUAUUAAACUUGGCCUUGGAGACUUUGUUUUCUAUAGUGUUCUUGUGGGCAGAGCUGCAAUGUACGAUCUUAUGACAGUAUAUGCUUGUUACCUUGCAAUUAUUUCGGGACUUGGCUGCACUCUUAUUUUGUUGUCGCUGUGCCAUCGAGCUCUUCCUGCCUUGCCAAUUUCGAUUACAUUGGGUGUUGUUUUUUACUUCUUGACUCGGUUAUUAAUGGAACCUUUUGUGGUUGGGACGGCAACAAAUUUGAUGAUGUUUUGACUCUCGAUUUUUGAGAGAUCAAUUGGAUGUUAGAGGAAUACUGAUGUUUUCAUAGGCAUGAGAUUUGUAUACAAGGUGAAAGGUACAACUACCUGAAUUUUUUCCCAUUUGUGAUUGGUAACUUUAUCAUGAUCCAAUCUCUGGACUUAAUAAUGCAGCAACUUUUAAGACCUGAUAGUGAUGAAUUGAAAUGUAAAUUGACUGGGUUUAA